CCCAUGAACUGGCAAUGACACUGUAAGUGGCACAAAUACAGAUACCAGCCGUGCAAGACUGCAAGCAACAAGCCGCGCAUGAGUGUUCCCUCCGGCAGAAUGCCGUGGCACUCUCAGCUGAUAUUUCCCAACCCGUGGCAAUAAGCGAGUCCCCGCUGCUACUGCGACGAGGUGACUGGUGGGGUGCGCGGGAUUGAGUCGCCUAUAUGAGCCGCCUCAUCAGCACGAUCGGCAGCGGCGUCCGCUCACCGAUGGCGUCCGCGGCCAUCGCCGCCGGCGGCGGCACACAUAAGCGCCCGCGAUGGCCCAGUGUGCGCAUGGAAAGGACAAGAGUCAGGGGUUGUUGCAGCUGCAGCUGUAGCGGCACCAAGACGGAGGCAGAACGUGGGGACACGAGGCUCGUGGUGAUCGUGGGGGCAACGGGCACCGGCAAGACCAAGCUGUCCAUCGACGCGGCCCUAGAGCUCGAUGGCGAGGUGGUGAACGCCGACAAGAUCCAGCUUUACCGCGGCCUCGACGUCACCACCAACAAGGUGAUGCCCGCCGACCGCCGCGGCGUCGUCCACCACCUCCUCGGCGCCAUCCGCGCCAACACCGGCGAGCUGCCCGCCUCCUCGUUCCGCUCGCUCGCCGCCGCCACGGCGGCCGACAUCGCGGCCCGCGGGCGCGUGCCAGUGGUGGCCGGCGGGUCCAACUCCCUCAUCCACGCCUUCCUCGCCGAGCGAUUUGACGACCACGCCCCUCGGGACCCAUUCGCCGCUGCGGCGACCGGAUACCGGCCGGCGCUCAGGUUCCCCUGCUGUCUCCUCUGGGUCGAUGUCGACGAGGCAGUUCUGGACGAAUACCUCGAUCGGCGCGUCGACGAUAUGCUGGGUGAGGGCAUGGUCGAGGAGCUCCGCGAAUACUUCGCGACAACGUCGGCCUCCGAGCGGGCCUCGCACGCCGGGCUGCGCAAGGCCAUCGGAGUACCGGAGAUCGGAGACUACUUCGCCGGGCGCAAGAGCCUCGCCGCCGCAGUAGACGAGAUCAAGGCGAACACGCGGGUGCUCGCGGCGGCGCAGGUCGGCAAGAUCCGGCGCAUGGCAGACGGCUGGGGCUGGCCCGUUCGGCGCCUCGACGCCACCGGCACCGUCCUCGCGCGGCUCGCGGGCGCCGGGCGCGACGCCGAGGCCGCGGCGUGGCAUCGCGACGUGCGCCGGCCGGGCCUCGCCGCCAUGCGGCAGUUCCUACGCAGCCAAGGACUGUCCAGAGACGACGACGCCGACGAAGAGGACGGAGUAGUGACACGGAGACAAUGCCAUGGCAUGGUGGGGUAAGAAGAACAGGAAAAGGCUUCGGGUUCGGGCGCGAUGCCGAGGCCGCGGCAUGGGAUCGCGACGGGCCUCGCCUCCAUGCGGCCGUUCAUGGCAGGCAAGGACUGUCCGGACACAAGGACGACGCCGAUGACGAGGACGGGUCAGUCGCCCGGAGACAAUGCCGUGGCAUGGUGGGAUGAGAAGAACAGGGAAAAGCUCGAGAGCUUUUUCGGGUUCAAAAUUUUCUGAUCCGCCGCCGAUUUUGGAGGGCCCGGCGGCUGACCGGACAGGGCCGGUGGGGGCCAUAGCGGUGCCACGGCGAACGGCGCGACGACAGAACACGGAGACAAGACAAGAGAAGUGUCAAGUUUUGCAGGGGGGCUGUGAAUUCUCUCUCCCCCCCUCCCUCCCUCCCUGGAUCGAGAGGCUCUUCUCCUUCCUCUUCUUCGUUCUUCAGAAUCUGCUCUGCUUAGCUAGCGACACCACACCACACCACUGUACAAUACUACAGUGUAAUCUAGUCCGCCAUGUUCAAAAUUUGAACUAGUUUUGCUUUUUGGCAGCUGCCUAUCUUGAA